AUGUCCUCAAAUGUUCCCAUAACGUGGCUAAUGGUCAAUCCUAAUGUUUUUUCUGUCUAUUGGAUGAUUGCUGCCGGCGUCGUAGUCGUGUACGACUGGGUCUUAACACUUGGACAAGAGGUUGAACUCAUCUGGAGGCAGCGCUGGUCUUUCAUGACUGUGUUAUACCUGCCUAUACGCUAUGUUGGACUACCAUAUUCUGUUAUCGGCGUUCUGGUAACUAUGCCAUCGGUCUCGCUGACAGAUAAAGUAGGUAUUCCGCAACCAUCUUGUUCCAAAUUAUUGAAUACCUUCAUCAUUUGUAGGGGUGUAAGCAUCAUUGCAGAGUAUGCACUAGGUCUGACAAGUAUGGUCGUAAUUUUCAUGCUGGGCAUUAUCAUGAUUGCUCGGUUACAUGCCAUGUAUCAUCAGAGAAUCAUGCUCAUCUCCCUUGUUAUUUUUUUCUUGGCUGUUAAUAUCGCUUGUGUAGGAGUGAUGGUAGCGUUAUUCUCCCCGAUUUCACUGAACAUGGAGGAAACUCUUGGUUUCAAUAAUGCCUAUGAAUGCAAUUUUGAGGGGGAUGCUGAGCUUCUGACUGCAUUUUAUUGGAUGCCCUACAUUUUUUGGGAGUUCGUUGCACUGUAUCUGUCAGUCCGGAUUGCUGUGAAACGUUUCCGUGACCUGCGACAACUCGGCCCAUUGACAGGAUCAACCAUUGGCGGGGACUGUUGCAGAGUGCUGAUGAAAUCUCACGUGCUUUAUUUUGCAAGCUUUUUUGGUGCCUCUUGCCUCCAGUUUGUUACUCUCUCUCCGGAAAUCGAGGAUUCAAAUUCCGUGGGAACCCUGAUAAUCUAUGGUGCUCUUCAAAUUUUCUUCGUCGUACAGAUGUUUGUGCUGGGACCACGCCUCAUCCUUAGCGUUCGAGAAUACUACGCCGAACUCGCGGCCUGAUCCGACGCAGAAACCAGCAUGAAUUCGAUUGUCUUCCAGGAGCGUGUACGUGUAGAAACUAGCAGUACUGUAUAGGGAAAUUCUUGCGGAGUGUUCUGCAUGGAGGAGAUAUUUGGUCGAGGAUCCGUCGUGGUAUUUAUUAUAGUUCUUGUGUUUCGGUGUAUAUUUAAGGCCAGGUUUAUGUACGCAUUUCUUGUUGUAUUACUACUGGAAGUCAGUGAACGGCGCACCCACAAUUUGCACCAAGUGUCAAGCUGAAAAGGCACAGUAAGAAGAUGAGGUGUACUGAGUGCCAGAG